GUAGACAGUCUGACAGACAGAGUCGUGUUUUAGCGGAAAGUAAUAAACAACCAACUAUUAGAUAGAUAUCUGCGGCCGUGUACACACUACACGCUGUCAAUGGUCAGGAUGAGUGUGAAGCAGUGUCUGGAGGGUCAGGUGUACUCUGUGCCUCUGAUACAGUCAGACCUGAGGAGGGAGGAGGCUGUUCACCAGAUAGCAGACACCCUGCUCUACCUAGAGACUAUCUCUACUGACAUCUUUACCAGAGUGUCUGAGAGUGUAGAGCGGAACCGCUGUCAGCUGCAGAGUGUGACAGAUCGAAUCAGGCUAGCCCAGGCCCGUGUCAACAAGAUCAAAGGUAGCAAGAAGGCCACCAAGGUGUUCUCCAGUGCUAAGUAUCCAGCUCCAGAGCGUCUCCAGGAUUACUCCUCCAUCUUCAGUGGAGCCACAGACCCUGCCUCCCAGACACGCCCCCGAUACCGCGUACAGGCCAAACUACGACCCCUUGACGACAAGGCCCUGCAGGAGAAGUUGUGUUAUUACCCGGUGUGUGUGAGCAGUAAGAAGCGUUCGGAGGAUGAGACCGAAGAGGGGCUGGGCGGUCUGCCUCGAAACAUAUCCUCUGUCAGCUCCCUGCUGCUGUUCAAUACUACAGAGAACCUGUAUAAGAAGUAUGUUUUCCUGGACCCCCUGGCUGGGGCGGUGACUAAAACACACACCACUCUGGAGACAGAGAAGGAAGAGAAACCAUUUGACGCUCCCCUAUCCAUAACCAAGAGAGAACAGCUGGAGAGACAGACAGCAGAGAGCUACUUCUAUGUUCCAGACCUGGGUCAGGUCCCAGAGAUAGACGUCCCCUCCUACCUACCAGACCUGCCAGGCAUUGCUGACGACCUGUCUUACAGCCAAGACCUGGGGCCUGGCAUCGCACCCUCUGGACCCACACACACCUUCCCUGAACUACCCUCCUUCUCUGGGGAGGACAUGCCCGGUUCUCAAUUCCAAGUUGCAGUCCUGCCUCCUCCCCCACCUCCCCCACCCCCACCACCAGAGCCCACACAUAUCCCCACCCCUCCCCCUGGUCUCCCCCCUCCUCCUCCUCCCCCACCAGAGCCUGCAAAUAGCCCUGCAGGCGCCAGCACAGCUCCUGUAGUGGGCGCUCCCAGCGAGGUGGUUGAAUCAAACAGCCGGGCCAGUCUACUAGAGUCCAUACGCAACGCUGGAGGCAUUGGAAAGGCCAAACUACGCAACGUCAAAGAACGCAAGAUGGAGAAAAAAAAACAGAAGGAGCAAGAACAAGUGGUAGCAGCAGCCAGUGGAGGAGACUUCAUGUCAGAUCUCUUCAAUAAGUUGGCCAUGCGAAGGAAAGGUAUCUCUGGUAAGGGUCCUGUAGGCGGGGACUCAGGGGAGGGCCCAGCUGGAUCUGGCAGCGCAUUCGCUAGGAUGUCCGAUGUAAUCCCGCCUCUUCCUGCCCCCCAUCAGCCAACCACUGAAGAUGAGGACGACUGGGAGGCCUGAGACUAGCCAUUCAGAACUAAUGGAACUCUGAGCACAUCUAGCUCUAAGCCAAUCAAAGAAAAAUAAUACUGAGGAAGGAAACUAAUGCUUGAUAUAGUUUUUUUAACCUUUAUUUAACUAGGCAAGUCAGUUAAGAACAAAUUCUUAUUUACAAUGACGGCCUACCCAGGGCCAAUUAUGCGCCGCCCUAUGGGACUCCCAAUCACGGUUGGAUGUGAUACAGCCUGGAUUUGAACCAGGGACUUUAGUGACACCUCUUGCACCGAGAUGCAGUGCCUUAGACCGGGAUCCCUAAAAAACAAAUGUGAUGCUGUACUGUCUGUAGGGUUCCUUCAAGAUCAGGGAUGGGCAACUGUAUGUAUAUAUUUUUUGACUCAGUCAGGUUCUCAACUUACUGUUGAGUUAUGUAUUAUAUUAUUCUAAGGUGUAGUUUUGACAUUUGGUUGUGCAUCUCAGCAGUCACUCAAUUAGCCCAUGUCAGCUAAAAUGAUUUAGUCUAGUGGCCAGCUAACUUACCAAUCUAUCUAAACUUGUAGUAAGCAUUGUUGAAUUACAGACCCGGGUGGAGCCCAUUUAUCAUCAGUUAUCAUAUUAAAAACGGCAAACAUUUGCCUCCACCCUAUAGGGGGGUGUAGGCACUGCGGCUGUCCGUGAGUUCCGUUUUUUGUGUGGCCCCCAGAAC